UUGUGGUGAAUUUUUUCUGACUUUUCAACUCGCCUUUUAUCGACGUUUUACCUUUUCUUACUUUCGUUGUCAUCUCUAACAAAUUGCAACAGCUGUGAAGUUAUGUCAAAACGCUGCUUUAGGCGACGCAUGUGUUCUUCCCCAAGUAGUCAGCUGUAUUGUAAACGCUUAUGUUGUUCAACAGCGCAUUGCGACGUAGCUUUGCACGUGUCAAAAUUUUACAAUUCACACAUAUAAACACACUGCUACACAUGGAAUCUCCAGUAACAAGAACACACAGCACAACUAUGACGAAGGCAGAGGAAGCACAAGCAGAGCUGCUGCAAGAGAAGAGUAACGAUAAUUAUACAAAGGAAUGUGCAAGUAAGGAUGCGCUUAGUGCUGUGCUCUCUAAAGUGACUGUUACAAACCAAAAAACUAAGCCUGCACCACCACAACUGCGACGGGAGAAGCAAUUGCAAGCCGCCAAAAAGAAAUCAAUGCCUUAUAUACCAGGUAUAGUGAAUUUACAAGUGCUCGGUGCCGGUGCCAAUGGUUCACCAAGUGCCAUAUAUCUGUUCACCGAUCAGGCGCGUUAUUUGUUCAACUGCGGUGAAGGCACACAGCGUUUGGCGCAUGAGCAUAAAACAAAGUUGUCGCGUUUAGAACACAUUUUCGUUACGCGCAAUACGUGGCCAGUGGUGGGUGGUUUUCCAGGCUUAGCGUUGACUGUGCAGGACGCAGGCGUAAAAGAAAUGGCGCUGCAUGGACCACCACAUUUGGAUAGCAUAUUGCACAGCAUGAAGCGCUUUGUGGUGCUGAAAACGCUGAAGAUAAAUACCUGCGAUUGCACGCAAUCCACAGACUUCGAAGACGCCGUGAUGAGCGUUAGAUAUGUGCCGCUUUAUAAGCAAUCAGUAAAUCCUUAUCAAACGAUAGACGCUAACAAUCAGAUGGUAGUUGCUUACAUAUGCAAGCUGAAACCACGUCCUGGCGCGCUUAACUUGGUAAAAUGUGUCGAACGUGGUGUGCCACCAGGUCCACUGUUGGGUCAGCUGAAAAACGGUUUCGAUGUUACGCUACCCGAUGGCACAGUGGUGCAUUCCAAGGAUGUUAGUGAGCCCAGUGAAACAGCGCUCUCCUUUGUAUUCUUGGAUAUACCCACAGCGGAGUACUUGCCAGCACUACAAGCACAAGCGGCGCUAUUCCGUAAGCUGCAAGAGGAUACGGAAAGUAAAGUUGCGCUUGUGGUGCACUUUACGCCUGCGCAAAUGUUGGAGAAUAAUUCCUAUCGCGAUUUUAUGCAGAACUUCACGUCAAGCACACAGCAUUUAUAUUUGAAUUCGCCACAUAACAACUUUUCCGGUUACAUAGCCGCGCAUCGCAUACAAUAUCAAUUGAAUCAAUUAAACGCGCGCACAUUUCCCUUACUUGCUGAAGCGCUGGAGUCCUGCAACAGCGCGAACAUUAGCAAUACAUUGAAGCGCACCAAAUUAGGCGAAACGGAGAAAGUGGGAGCAGAAGCGAAAACUGCAAGUUCAGUGGAUGUUGCUAAUGAAACGCAGCUAACAAAUAUAAAUUCGCUUACAAACUUUCAUUUGCGGCCGCGUAAAGGCCUUGAUCGCAGCGCCGAAGCGCAGCUAAAUCCCAGUGAAUAUAUUGCCGAAACACAAGCGCUCGCUGAUUUUCCAACAUUACUGAGCAAACUUAAAGAAAUACAACAAACGCUACCCGAACCAAAAUGUACCGCUGAAUACCCGAAAAUCACUUUUCUCGGCACCGGCUCCUGUAUACCGAAUAAAACACGCAACGUGAGCGCCAUUAUGAUACAGCCAGCCGAAAAUUCUUUCAUGCUGCUCGAUUGCGGUGAGGGUACACUAGGACAGAUUGUGCGCCUUUAUGGCCAACAACGCGCCGAAAGUGUUAUACGCAAUCUGAAAGCGAUUUAUAUCUCGCACUUGCAUGCCGAUCAUCAUAUCGGACUGAUUGGCUUGUUGAAUGAGCGUCAACGCUUGCUGCAGGAGCUAGAAGUGCCGCUGGCCGAGCAAAAAGUAUUGCUCUUUGCACCAGUGCAAAUACAGCCUUGGCUGAACUUCUACAACGCGCGCAUUGAGAGCAUCGCACAAGCUUACACGCUCAUCGGCAAUGCCGAAAUGUUAGAACAACCAAUGCCUUUCCAUGAAACACGCGCCGAUCUCGGUAUUGAUGCAGUCGCCACCUGCCUGGUACGUCAUUGUCCGCACUCAUUUGGUGUGAGUGUGCGCCUACCAGCGCCAAUAGGUAGCAAUGGACCGAUAACAAUCACUUACAGUGGCGAUUCAAUGCCCUGUCGCGAUCUAGUCGAGUUGGGGCGCAACUCCACUGUGCUCAUACACGAAGCCACCAUGGAGGAUGAUCUGAUUGAAGAGGCGAAAGUGAAAAUGCAUAGCACUAUUUCGCAGGCGAUCGCACAGGGACGCGAAAUGCAAGCACAAUACAUUAUACUAACGCAUUUCUCGCAGCGUUACGCCAAAUUGCCGCGUAUGCAGCAGUUGGUUGGCGGUGAAGGGGAGCCGCAGUUGAAUAAUGUGUCGAUAGCAUUUGAUAAUAUGCAAGUUUCGUUGGGUGAUUUGGAGCAAUUUCAUCACAUGUACCCGGCGUUACAUGCGCUCUUUGCCGAACAUGCCGAGGAAUUGGAACAGAAGGCAUUGAAACGUGAAAUGAAAUUGGAACGAAAACGGAAAUUGUUAAAUACGGAGUGAGGAGUGGAGUGGAUUUGGUAUAAAUGUUAUUAGAUUUUAUUACAUUACGCUUGUAAAUUCUAAAUUUAUUUGUUAGCUAUAAAAACAUACUGACGUGGUAAAAAUCAGUAUGUAAAUAUACAAAUAUAUAAGGCUUAUAAAAUUAUUUAAAACA